CUUAUCUCAUUCUUUAUUUCAUCAUCCAAAGUGAAAAAUUCAAAUCAUGGCUACCACAAUCAAAUCACGAUUUCCACUUUUGUUGUUGCUGGGAAUUAUUUUCCUGGGCUCAGUUUGUGUCUCUUAUGGCAUUGUGGGUGAGCAAGAGGAGCGACACCCUGGACAAUGGAAACCUCCACAUGAGAGGGAGGAAGACGAACGUCGUCCUGGAGAAUGGAGACCUCCACGUGGAGGUCGUCAAGAAGGCCAAGAACAACGCCCUGGACAAUGGAGACCUUCACAUGAAAGGGAGGAAGAUGAGGAAGACGAGCAUCAGAAACGUCGUCCUGGACAAUGGAGACCUACACGUGGAGGUCGCCAGGAAGGCCAAGAACAACGCCCGGGACGAUUUCCAAGUGAAAGGGAGGAAUAUGACGAAGACGACCGUCGGGAACGUCGUCCUGGACAACAGAGACCUACACGCGAAGGUCGUUGGAAAGGCCAAGAACAACGCCCUGAACAAUGGAGACCUUCACGUGGAAAGGAGGAACGUGAGAAAGAGGAGCGACAAAAACAUCAACCUGGACGUGAAAGGGAGAAAUGGGAGAAACGAGAAGAUGAAGAGUGGAGAGGUCGCCAACGUCAUGAAGAUCCAGAUGAGAGGGCGAGGUUGAGGCAUAGAGAGGAGAGAAGGCAAAAGGAAGAAGAACAUCAGAAAGGGGAUAGACCUUCACGCACACCUUCACGUCGUGAGCGUGGAGAGGAGGAAGAAGGUUCUUCAGAGUCAGAAGGAAGAAGAAACCCUUUUUUGUUCAGGUCUAACAGGUUCCAAACACUCUUUGAGAACGAAAAUGGUCACAUUCGUCUCAUCCAAAGGUUUGACAAACGUUCAAACUUAUUUCAAAAUUUAAAAAACUACCGUCUUUUGGAGUACAGAGCCAAACCCCACACCAUCUUCCUCCCCCACCACACUGAUGCCGACUUUAUCCUUGUAGUCCUCAGUGGGAAAGCCAUACUUACUGUGUUAAAUUCCAACAAUAGAAACUCGUUUAACCUUGAGCAAGGUGAUACUAUUAAACUCCCUGCGGGCUCGACUGCUUAUCUAGUUAACCAAGACAAUGAUGAGGAUCUUAGGGUAGUAGAUCUCGUCAUACCUGUUAAUAGGCCUGGUAAAUUUCAGUCUUUCGACCUAUCUGGAAAUCAAAACAACCCAUCAUACUUUCGCGGAUUCAGCAAGAGUAUUCUAGAGGCCUCCUUUAAUACCGACUACGAGACCAUAGAGAGAGUUCUCUUAGAAGAGCACGAGCAUGAGCAGCAGCAAAGGAGAGGUCGUAAAGGGAGACAACAGAGCCAAGAAGCUAAUGCAAUAGUCAAAGUGUCAAGAGAACAGAUUGAGGAACUGAGGAGACAUGCCAAAUCAAGCUCAAAGAGAAGCAUAUCCUCUGAGUCUGGACCCUUCAACUUGAGAAACCGCAACCCCCUCUAUUCCAACAAGUUUGGCAAGUUCUUUGAGAUUACCCCAGAGAAAAAUCCACAACUUCAAGAUUUGGAUAUAUUUGUCAGUUCUGUGGAGAUCAAUGAGGGCGCUUUGAUUCUGCCACACUACAAUUCUAGGUCCACUGUAGUAUUGGUGAUGAAUGAAGGAAAGGGACACCUUGAACUUGUGGGUCACAAAAGUGAGCAACAAGAGCAACGAGAGCAGGAUGAAAAAGAGUUGAGAAACCCUGAAGUGCAGAGGUACAACGCUAGGCUGUCUCCAGGCGACGUUGUUAUAAUUCCGGCAGGUCACCCAGUAGCCAUAAAUGCUUCCUCGAAUCUCAAUUUCCUUGGCUUUGGUAUCAAUGCUGAGAACAAUCAGAGAAACUUUCUUGCAGGUGAGGAUGACAAUGUGAUAAGUCAAAUAGAAAGGCCAGUAAAAGAGGUUGCAUUCCCUGGAUCUGCUGAAGAGGUUGAUAGGCUAAUAAAGAACCAAAGACAAUCUUACUUUGCAAAUGCUCAACCUCAACAAAGGGAGGAAGGAAGCCAGAAAAGAAAGGGUCCUCUGUUAUCAAUUUUGAGCACUUUGUACUGAGUAUAAUAAUAUGUAUGUAUAAUAAUAAUAUGCAUGUAAGAUGUAAGAGCUAGGUAUCUCAUAAUGAGUGAAGAAUGUACAUGCAGGCUCUAGUAACUAUAAUAACUUGAGCUCCACUUUCUGCUAUGAAUAAAAAAGUCUUGUGUUUCAUUA